GCUGGAAAGCUGUUUCCCAUUGGCGAUACGGCUGCGAGCUGCCUCACGGAGGUUUUACCCAGGCCCAUUACUCCAACUACUGUGCGAAAGUUUCGAAAUACAACAAAUCCAGGUCCUGGUGUUGAAAGAAUAUUUUACGGCAGAGCGGGUGAUCCUGACAUUGCAGCUUACUUGACACAUGGCAUAGAGUCUCGUGCUUCACUCAGUGCAGCUUCAUUGAUAAAUCCACUUCCAAAAAGUUAUUUUCAACAAAAAAUACAAGACAAAAAAGAAGCAAUCUACUUUAGUAAUCGUCAAGCUCCCUUGGGCACAUCACACGAUCAGUCUUCUAUGCUACCUAAGGGCUUGGAUAUAAUUAAUACUACAUUUGGAACCAAAGUGAUCCGAGAUAUACCAGCUGGAGAGCUUAUAAAUCCACCAAAAACUUCUGAGGAAGUGGACAAAGAAUCCAGAGAAGGGCAUGAUCUCUACAUUGUGUCACACAAUGAUUACUAUGUGGGGGAAGCAAUAAAUAGGAAGUAUGACUCGCCAAACUUCAGCAAGUCUUUUGUUUAUGGAAUAGAAACUCCUCACUUUGAAGAUGGGCGAAAUGUAUCCAAAUCCUUAAACUGGCUCUGUGAUCUGCAAUCGAAGAGAGCAGCAAAAAUCGUAUCAAAACAAAGUGAUGAUUUCAAGGAAAAAUUUCAGCCUCAGCUUGGAAAAGUCCUUGAUCCUAUAGCAGAAACUAUGAAUGUUCCCCCAGGCCAUACGUUUGGAAUGUUACUCCGUCCAGAUGAAUAUGGAGUUGGUGAUCAUCUUCACUGCCGGGUUCCACGUGAGUUCCUCCGUGGUAAAGACAGAGAGCGAGCUGUCCUUACUGCAGUUCGGCAAAUUCUGAAAAAAGCUAACUUUGAGAAUUUUGACGUGUUACUAGAAGCAUUCAGGCAUUACGAUAAGAAUGGUGAUGGAAUGAUAGACAAGGACGACCUGCGAAAGUCCUGUUUGCAGCUUAAUCUGAAUCUAGAUGAUGAGCUCCUGGAUUCCUUAUUUGACUAUUGUGAUUUGGAUAAAGAUGGUCAGAUCAAUCACCUGGAGUUUGCAAAUUUUCUUAACUGGAAAGACAAAAUGUCUGUUAAAGAGUUUGAAGAAAAAAUAAUUACAAAAGGGAAAAAACGAGAUGCUCCUGUUCUGCCUGAAGACACAAAGACAAAUGAUGAGACACUGCUGAAGCAGGAAGUUCUUGUGUUAAAAGAACCGGGAAACUCAGAAGAGACACUAAAAACACUUACAAGAUCAACAGAUCGUGUAUUUACGAAUUAUCAAACAACUUCUUCUCAGUAUAAUGCUGUAGUAGGUGGUCUCCCAACAACCUGUUAUCCUGUAUGUGGUGUUCCAACUAUUCGUUCAGAUAUUCCUGCUCCUCAAAUUCGCUGCAUCAGUGACAGAACUAAUUAUGGUGAUCAGGCCAAUAUUUAUGCGUUAUUAACCCCUUCUGUCUUCAGUCAAAAGGGAGUAUAUGAAAGAGACCUCUUUAAAACAAGACCAAAGGCAGAGAUUGCACAAAUUCUCCACAACAUUGGCGUGGACAUUUCAGAUGAAAAGUUUGACAAAAUAUGGAAGCAAGCCUGUAUGAAACAUCAGAGAGAAGAGGUUUGUGUAGAAAGCAUUAGGAAUGUACUGGAUGAGAUACAUGGAUCACACACAAGAACCAGUUGCUAA